AAUUGAGCAUUUGUCCAGUUGCUAUCGUAUAAUUCAUCUUUGUAAGUUCAUAUGUUCAGUUAGUUUUUUGCCUUUUCUGGUUUUAAGCCAAGGGCCUCUUGUUGUUUUAACUUCCGUUGGCGCUUUAAUUUGUAAAACACGUGUUUUUUGCCUCCCACUGUUGACGCCUUGUUGCUUAGCAACGGCCGCGGUCUCCCCACGGAACACCAGGAUUCGUAGAUGCGUUUUAGGUGUGGAAUUCUGUUGACUCGACGACAGUAAAAAUGGAAAAUGGUAUUGGAGUGAGAAACCAUGCUAAACCGGUACCAUACAGCAAAGUAACCCAGGACAUGAUGAAAUCAAUGAUGGAGAACUCAGGACUCAACAGUGUCCAGAGACGACAGAUCACUGAAUGCUUGAAACAUGGAGGACCGUUACCACUCAACCCAAAGCCACUGCCAUCUGCGCUACCGCAAUCCAAACCCACCAGAAGUGUUGGGUGUAGACUGCCUGCAAAGCCCUUGAGAAGAAGCGCUGAGUCAUGCCGUUCUGGUGACAGUUACAUCAGAGAGAAGUUUCAACCUGGUCCAACAAGGGAUUUGGAGAAAGAGAAGCUUCGGCUUCAAAACCUGUUAGCAACGGGCAAAGAAGAUGUUUCCAUUCAAGACGUCGCUCCAUGUGUGAGAAGUGAGGCGCAGGAGGACUUGGAUCCCACUCAGGAAGUGCUGGAUCAAAUAGAGGAGAGGCGAGAGUUUCUGGCAGACAUGGCUGCUCUGGGACAGGAGAAGCAGUACAUCCACAUCAUUAACACAGAGAUAUCACAGAAAAUGGGCGAGUUAGAGAUUUUGGAAAGAAGGCUGCAGGCGAGGAAGUGAAAGAGCAGAGGAGAUGUGAUGACUGAGUAGUUGAGUGUAACCUAUUGUGUUAGAAUCAUCAGUGCAAUUGCAAAGUUCCUGGAGACAUUGAGAUGUUGUAAACUCCAAUAAAUUACU